UUUGAAGUAAAAUAUGACCUUAACAACCCUGCAAAACAUGGAAAGCUGGAUUUCCUCAACAACCUUGCGACUGGACUAGUAUUCAUUAUAGUAGUUGUGAAUAUUUUUAUCACUGCCUUUGGAGUGCAGAAGCCAGUGGCUGAGUUAGCAUCAAAACAGUAA